AUGAAAUCCUUCUCUAGCUCUGCCAUCAAUAAGUCGGGGAAGAAGUUUGCUCCAAAGGCGCCGGUGCGCCGCGCCGCUGCGGGAGCGACUUCUGCCCCCCCGUCCCAGCGAAAAGCCAGUGUCGCAUCGCAACCAUCGGCAUCGCAUACUCCUCGACCGACACCGCAACCGACGCCUCAGCCUACACCACAGCCUACGCCUUCUAUACCUUUCGAACAUCCCACCCCAGAGCCCGCGAUCACCCACAGCGCAAAUGUGACGCAACAGCCUUCUGCGACGGCCAUUCCUAUCCCUCGGCCUAAACGGAAGGCCUCUGUCUCGGAACCGGUUCCUAUAGUGACAGGUGUUACUCCUCCACCGUCGCAGACCGUCGUCCCGCAGUCACAGACCGUCGUCCCGCCGUCGCAGACCAUCCCACCAUCACAAAACGUGUCAGCCGAUACCGCGCCAAUCCCUUCGAUAGAAGGUCUGCCCGAACCUUCCGGGGAAACUGAGACAAGAACAGAAGUCCCGGUUACCGUUCACCAUGAUGACCGUCCUGAGUCCGUUUCCGCGCCCGAACCCGUACCAGAGCCCGAGCCAUCCGCCACACCCGCAACGGAGAUUCGUCCCUCAAAGCGUCCCAGGAGAUCGGUAGAACCAUCGGUGGAGGAUGCGGAAAUCCAGCCGCUGGAGACCGGCGUGCCCCUGGCCACACCCCCACCAACGCAGACCCAGUCGGUUGCAGAGACAACAGAAGAUCCUAUAGUGAAGGAACCGCCCGCCAGUAAAGCCCGAAAGUCAGUCACCAAAUCACGAGCUCGAAAAUCGACCCAAAACAACGUCGACGGUACAGCCACCCCGAAGAAGCCGAGGAAACCCCGGGCGCAGAAGACGCGCGAGCCGACUCCCGAGGACGCCGAACAGGUGGAGAUUGCACCUGCAGUGGUCAAAAUGUCAGAGCUGUGCAAGGAUCUCCGAACGGGCAAGAAGUCCAAGCGCGAGGUUGAAUUGCGCAACAUGGAACUUGCCGAAUUGGAGCGCAAGCAAAAGGCGCAGCAAGAAGACAACAGCACCGAGCAGACCCCGGCGCGACCGGAAAAAGACGACCCAACUCCAGCAGCCGAGAACGACAUGGGGCUCGACAGCAAGUCCCAAGCUGGACCGGUCAUGCGCAUCGUGAACGGAGAAAUUGUGCUCGACACGGCAUCUCUCCAAGUCGAUCGCCACGCGGACGCCGCGCGGAACGGAGGGGAGCUCGAAGACGUAGUGGAGAACUCCCUCACGCGGAGAAUCAACCAAGCCACCUACGGAAAGCGCUCGAAGACAGAGUCAUGGGACGAGGAGCUAACAGAUCUCUUCUACCGCGGCCUGCGCAUCUUCGGCACGGAUUUCAUGAUGAUCAGCAAGCUAUUUCCCGGGCGAUCACGACGGCAGAUCAAGCUGAAAUUUAACAGCGAAGAGCGCCGCGAUCCGGGCCGCAUCAAAGACACCCUGCUGGGCCCCAGCGAGACCAUCGACAUCACGACCUACUCCGAGAUGACCAACACAGUCUACGACGACCCAAAGGUCAUCCAACAGGAGCUCGACGAGGAGAAGAGACAGAUCGAAGCCCAGCACGCCAAGGAAAAACAGGCGCAGGAAGAGCUCCUCCGCAAUCCGGAUGGCAUGGGCGAUGCCAACGGCGCCGACAGUAAAGGCAACGCGGCCAAGAGCAAGCGGGGCCUCAAAAAGCAGUCUGCGAAGAAUGCCGGGGGCGGAACCGAGGAGGUUCUGGGUUCGAUUGAUGACUUUCCUUGA